UCGUACGGAUGCCCAUGCGCCUCAAAAUUCACUAACACGCCACGCUGUUUACUGCGUGAUGCUAGGCUAUAGCAACCUGGUCCUAGCCUAAUUUUUUUUUUGAGUCGGAGUUCUGACAGGACAACUGAGAUAAGAAACAAAAAAUGUCACAGUUACAAACGAGAUUUUUCACCGAGAAUAAAAAGUAUGCUGUGGACGACGUCCCCUUCUCGAUCCCAGGUUCAUCCGGAGUACAAGACCUCAGCAAUGUCAUUAACAAGCUUUUGGAAGCCAAAGAUGGAUCUCACAGCAAAGUGGAGUUCGACUUCUUGGUCCGGGGUCAGUUCUUGCGGAUGUCGCUGUCGGCACACAUGGACGCCGAGGGUAUAUCGACGGAAGACGUGGUGGAGAUCGAGUACGUGGAGAAGAUCACGGCCCCGGAGCCCGAGGAGUGCAUGAUGCACGACGACUGGAUAAGCUCCGUGGACGCGGAUACUGAAUGGAUCCUGACCGGGUCGUACGAUAAGACGGCCAGAAUCUGGUCCGUUGAGGGGAAGGCCGUGAUGACCGUGGCGGGACACGCCGACGUGGUCAAAGACGUCGCCUGGGUCAAAAGAGACGGUCUGACCUCCCUGCUCCUGACGGCCUCUCUGGACCAAAACGUGCUGCUGUGGGAGUGGAACUCGGAGAGGAACAAGGUGAAAGCCAGACACUGCUGCCGAGGACACACGGGGAGCGUAGACACCAUUUCCACAGACCCCACGGGGACGAAGUUCUGCAGUGGCUCCUGGGACAAAAUGUUGAAGAUCUGGUCAGCAGUGCCGACAGAUGAGGCGGACGAGGUCGAGGAGGCGUCCGACAGACCGAGGAAGAAGCAGAAGACUCAGCAGCUGGGCCUGACCAGAACCCCCUUGAUGACGCUGUCCGGACACGCCGAGGCCGUGUCCUCCGUGCUGUGGACCGACGCCGAGGAGCUCUGCAGCGCAUCCUGGGACCACACCAUUCGCCUGUGGGACGCCGAGACUGGAAGCACGAAGACGACGCUGACGGGCAGUAAAGUGUUCAACUGUAUCUCCUACUCCCCCUUGUGUCGCCGUCUGGCCUCAGGCAGCACCGACAGGCACAUAAGACUUUGGGACCCUCGCACCAAAGACGGGUCUCUGGUGCUGCUGUCCCUCACCUCUCACACUGGGUGGGUCACUGCUGUGAAGUGGGCGCCGUCCAACGAGUACCAGCUGGUCUCCGGUUCCCUUGACAACCUGGUCAAACUUUGGGACACAAGAAGCUGCAAAGCUCCUCUUUAUGACCUGGCGGCUCACGAGGACAAAGUGUUUUGCGUGGACUGGACAGAAAGCGGGCUGAUGCUGAGUGGAGGUGCAGAUAACAAGCUGUACACCUACAGAUACUCCAGCGGUCAGACGGGUGCAGGACUGUGACGCACAGACCUGCAGAGAUCCAACACACGAGAACAAUAUAAAACGGACACAAAAACUAAAAUAUAUUUAUAUAUAUAUUUUACUUCCGUUUUUUUUUUUUUUCAAUUUUUUUACAUGCUGUAUUUUCUUACCUUUGUUUCUGUGCAACGCAAACAAAGUAUAAAUUAAUUUUUGUGUCCUAAA